UCUCUCUCUCUCUCUCUCUCUCUCUCUCUCUCUCUAUUUAAAGCUCCACAUGCAUCCACUUGUUCUUCACUGAUCUCUCCAAGAUUUUAGUACCCUUUUGUUUUUUUUCUUGGAGCUAGUUUUGAUAGGAAGGGAGAGCCAGAACAAAGCCAUGGUAGGAGGGGUGGAGGGGUUGGAGAAGAAUGGGAAUGAAGUGAAGAUGGGAAAUGGAAGAACAGCCAAGCUUUAUGAAUUACUCCUAAGGCUUUUGGCCUUAGCACUGACUUUGGUGGCUGCCAUACUUGUUGGUGUGGAUAAGCAGACUGAGACUGUCCCAGUUGUGCUGGUGGAUAGCCUGCCACCUCUGAAUGUUCCAGUCACUGCUAAAUGGCAUUACUUGUCUGCCUUCGUGUACCUAAUGGUUGCAAAUAUCAUAGCAUGCUCAUAUGCAGCCCUCUCUAUGCUCCUCACAUUCACAAGCAGGGGUGAAAACAUCAUCUUAGGAUCGAUGAUCCUCAUCCUUGAUACAUUGAUGGUGGCAUUGCUGUUUUCCGGCACCGGAGCUGCCAUUGCUAUUGGCUUAAUUGGCUACCACGGGAACUCUCAUGUGCGGUGGCAAAGAGUGUGUAAUGUGUUUGGAAAGUUUUGUGGGCAGGUAGCAGCAUCUAUCGUGGUUUCUGUGAUUGGAGCAGUGGCAUUCAUCUUGCUGGUUGUGUUUUCUGCUUUGAGACUCCACAAGAAGUCCAAGUAGAGAUGUUGGCGGCCAAGUACUGCAAAGAUUAUUAUUAUUUUUAGCUCGAACCCCGAUUGUCAUAAGAGCCACAUGUAUUUUGUUCUUGUUUGCGUACGUACGUGAAUGAGAGAACCUAAUUAAUUAGCGUGUAAUAUCCCUAUAUAUACUUCACCCAUGCUAUUAAUCUAUCGUAUAUUGUGCUUGCAUUUGGAAAA